UUCAUAGAAAAAUUGAGUUAUGCCCAAAGUACGCAGAAGUGGGAGGAAACCCCCUCCCGAGGGAUGGGAGUUAAUAGAGCCGACUCUGGAUGAACUGGAGCAGCGGAUGCGGGAGGCAGAAAGUGACCCCCACGAGGGCAAGCGCAAAGUGGAGGCACUCUGGCCCAUCUUCCGAAUACACCACCAACGCUCAAGGUACAUCUUUGACCUGUACUACAGACGGAAAGCGAUCAGCAGGGAGUUGUACGAGUACUGUCUGGCAGAGUCCAUCGCCGACAAGAACCUCAUUGCCAAGUGGAAGAAGCAGGGCUACGAGAACCUCUGCUGUCUCAGAUGUAUUCAGACACGUGACACCAACUUCGGAGCCUCCUGCAUCUGUCGGGUGCCCAAGACGAAGUUGGAGGAGGGCAAAAUAGUAGAGUGUGUGCAUUGUGGUUGCAGAGGAUGCAGUGGAUAGAAAUAAAAAGACCCGAAAGUUAUAGACCGACAAAUACAAAGAGACCUUUGGCCAAAUAGAGGGACAGUUUAGAGACGACCAUCAAUCCCUCCCUGGAUGGCCUCUCCAUUCGGUGGUCUCUGCUAUUUUCCAAACAAACCUUACAACUGUUUCGACCAUAGAUCUUACAGGAUUGAAGAAACAUUCUUCUGAUCUUUGUUGAAGCCCGUGAAUAUAAAUCGAUGGGACCAAUCGAUCGUUCUAAAUGUUGUUGUUGUUGUGUUUCGGAUUUAGGAUAUUAAACUUCGAUAUGUUUUUUUUUGUUUUUAGAUAAUUUUAUGUGCUGUAGAUAUAAAAUAUAGUUUUCUUGAAAA